UCGCGCCUUUUCUGACGUCACUUCCUGCGCGCGGUCUGAUUUAGACGUUAUAUCAAUCUCACUGGGAACCGAAGGUUCGGGAUUUGCUAUUUGACUAUGUUUUUAGCCCGGCGGCUGCUUCGGACAGAUCUCCGGUGUCUGCUAUGUAACCGGGCAUCUAUUUCGGAGCAUUUGCCGGUGAUUCAGGUCCCCCGCCAGGCCCAGCUGCUCGCAGAGAGGAGAAGCCGGCAGACUGGCAGUAAGCGCGUGGUCACCCCCCAGGCUGGGAAGCUCCUAAUCAGGACCCGCAGGCAGGAGCUCAACCAGCCGGCAGGACAGACCUGCAGCCACUGGGAGCGGCCCGAGCUGGUCAGCAAGGGCUGGAAACACCGCCUAUCGCGGGGAGAUUACUUUAUCAUCGAGCGGCAGACGGCGGUGAGGCCCGGCCCGAUCAAAACCUCCACUUUCCAGGCCCUGGGGCUGGACCCAGCUUUGAUUAGCGCACUCUCUGCCUCAGGAGUGAAUAUCCCCACGUGGGUCCAGACGCAAGCCAUACCUACCCUGCUCUAUGGCAAAAAUCUGCUCUGUGCAGCCGAGACAGGAAGUGGAAAGACUUUGAGCUACCUCCUGCCUAUCCUUAACCAACUCUGUACUGGAAAAAACACUUCUCAUGACCCUUUGAACCUAAUUAUUGUGCCCUCCAGGGAACUUGCCAGCCAGGUGGCAUCUGUUGCCAGGAGCCUAUGUACGCCGUUGGGGCUGACUGUGAGUGUAGUGGGUGGAGGACGCGGCCUGGUAGCAGUGGACAGACAGUUAUGCAAAGGACCUAUUGAUAUUUUGGUAGCCACUCCAGGUGCCCUGUGGAAGGCACUGAAGAGGGACAGUGUAAGCCUGGCAUCAUUGAAAUGUAUUGUUCUGGAUGAGGCAGACACGUUGUUUGACCAUUCUUUCUCCAAAUUGGUGGAGGAUAUCCUAAUGCAGACUCGUAUUGCUACUUGUGAAAAAGACGUGCAUGGUGAGGAGAGCAAGGCCCAACUAGUGGUCGUUGGUGCCACUUUCCCCAGUGGUGUUGGUCAAGUUCUUGGCAAAAUGACUGACCUAGCAACCUUUGCCACUAUUAAAAGCAAGAGUCUCCAUUACCUGCUGCCUCAUAUACAGCAUACUUUCCUAAGGGUGAAGGGGGCUGUCAAAGUAUCAGAGUUGUUGACUAUUCUUAAGAAACAGGUUCCAGAGGGGCAAGGAUCAGGAGUUCUAGUUUUCUGCAAUAGUUCCAGCACUGUGAACUGGCUGGGCUAUAUUUUAGAUGAUCAUUGCGUUCGUCACUGGAGGCUACAGGGAAACAUGCCAGCAAGCAUGCGAACUGGCAUCUUUGAGGCCUUUCAAAAAGGACAAUCAAAUGUUUUGGUUUGUACAGAUGUUGUCUCUAGGGGCCUGGAUAGUCUAAAUGUAGAGGUCGUAGUGAAUUAUGACUUCCCUGCAACACUUCAGGACUACUUGCACAGAGCAGGCAGAGUUGGUCGACUUGGCAGCGAGAAACAGGGCCGUGUAGUGAGUUUUGUCACUCAUGCCUGGGAUGUGGAAUUGGUGCAGAAGAUAGAAAUGCAAACUCGCAAGAGGACUAGCCUUCUUGGCACCAAGUGUGACAUCAAUGAUACUGUGAAACACACUUUAUAAA